ACGAAUGUCUGGAGGAGUUCUUAUUUUAAACAAAUUAUACAUUGGAUCCACCUUCUAUCCAACGUCAUAAAGUACGUUGAAUCUUACAAACCAAUAGGAAAACACUAUUACUACAGUUAACUAAAAGCUGUGGGUGGUUUGGUGUUGAACCGAGUACCGACGCCAGGGUUAGUAUUUCAGUUUUCCUUUUUCCACUUGUUGUGCGUUUUCUUGAGAAAUACAACUCUAAUCUUUUUGGUUUUUUGUGAUUAGACAAAUCCAAAGACUUUGCGCACAGAUGGCAUUUCAACAAAACAUGAAUAUUAAAGUCUGCUGCCGCAUUCGAGGGCAGAAUGAAGAGGACAAGAGGGCUUUAGAUCAUAGUUACAGCUUUCCUGAUGAAAAAUCAAUGCUGCAUUUGCCUUCGGACAAAGUGUAUACCUUUGACCAAAUAUUUGAUCAAAAUUCAUCCCAGGAGCAAGUAUACAACGAUGUUGCUAGACCUAUAGUUACCAGUGUUUUGGCUGGCUUCAAUGGAACUAUUCUUGCGUAUGGACAAACGUCCAGCGGCAAAACUUACACAAUGGAGGGAGAUGUAUCAGAUAAUGAUAAAUUAGGAAUCAUUCCAAGAGUUGCACAUGAUAUAUUUAGCAGAACAGAAUCCUUAGAUGACAAAACAAAAAGCGAGAUAAAGGUAAGCAUAAAAUGAAAUGUCUUUUAUCAAUGA